CUCAAGAACCACUCCUUCAAGGGCAAGCUCGCCCUCAUCACAGGUAGCUCUCGUGGUAUCGGCGCAGGGAUCGCCAAAGAGCUUGCUGCACGCGGUUGCUCCAUCAUCCUCAACUACAAUGCCGCCAGCAGUGAAGAAAAGGCUGCAACACUAGCAAAAGAGCUCGAACAGCUCGAUGAGGCCGUCAAAGUCUCUAUCGUCCGAGCAGAUCUCAGUGAUAUGGAGGAUAUCACCGUGCUAGCACAAAAGACUAUUGAAAUUGCUGGUGAACGCAAGCUCGACUUUCUCGUCAAUAACGCUGGUAUCUCAUGGAAUGCCAAGCUGCCUGAAUGUACAUUGGAGAGCUAUACAAAGCAAUAUGACAUCAAUGUUCGUGCACCUCUCUUCUUGACGCAGCAACUUCUGCCCUAUCUCAAUGAAGGUGGUCGCAUCAUUAAUCUCUCCAGUGUCUCUGCCCGUAUGGGAUUCCCAGGACAGAGCAUCUACGGUGGUACGAAAGCAGCAGUCGAAGCUAUGACCCGGACAUGGGCCCGUGAGUUUGCGCAAAAGCAUAAAAUCACAGUCAAUGCCCUUGCACCUGGCCCAGUCUCGUCUGAGAUGUGGCAUAACAGUGGACAGACAUCGGAUACGAGCAAAUUGCCGUCAGGCGAUCGUAUUGGUGAGCCAGAUGAUAUUGCCAAAAUUGUGGGUUUUCUGUGUGAAGAGGGUAGUCGGUGGAUCAACGGCAGCUUGCUCAGCUCGAAUGGAGGC